AUGAUCUUAGGGAAAAUCAUUCAGAAUAUUAGCAGGAGAUAUGCAGCAUACAUGAAAGAAGUUUCGUCAUCAUCAUCAUCAUCAUCAUCAUCAUCAUCAUCAUCAUCAUCAUCAUCAUCAUCAUCAUCAUCAUCAUCAUCAUCAUCAUCAUCAUCAUCAUCAUCAUCAUCAUCAUCAUCAUCAUCAUCAUCAUCAUCAUCAUCAUCAUCAUCAUCAUCAUCAUUUCAAAGCAGAUUACAAAGUUGA